UGCAGGCAGCAGCAGCAACAGCAGCAGCAACAAUGUGGUGUGCAGAACUGUCUGGGCUGCUGUCGUGUCCGCAAGUCCACUGAGCUGUGUGUGAGUGUAUGUGUGUAUAUAAAUAUAUAUAUAUAAAUAUAUACACACACACAUAUAUACACACACAUAUAUACACAUAUACCCUGUGUGCGUGUGUAUAUACAUAUACAUGUGUACACACCGUGUGUAUGUACAUCGAAAUCCUACUACAUGACACUAUUAAUUUUCUAGUAAUACUAUUACACCAAGGUGAUACUCAGAGUAAAUCAAAUACGUGAAACGGACAUUUUUCUACCACCAUCUUUAAUCCCAAAAUCCACAUACCAGCAACAGGAGAAACAGAAGCAGAGAAAAUAGAAACAAGUUUAAGUAACAUUAAGUUUGAUUAAUAAAACUAUAUAACAACAAGGACGACGUCAACAACAGUAACAAACACAACGACAACGCCGAGAACCUGUUUACGUGCACACUCGAAUACGCAUAGAGAAAUAAGGGACUGAUUAAAAAAAAAACAAAGGGGAGUUAAUUUGACUUUAGUGGUCAAAAACAUCUAUAAUAACUAUACAAUAACAACACCAACAACCAUAAUGCCAAUAAAAAUUAUGGUAGCAGUAAUAACCACAAGUAUACACAAGAGAAAAUAUUAUAAAAAGGAUUAAAAGUGAGAAAUUGGCCGCAGGAAGAGCAAUAAUAGCAAAAGCAGCCAGCAAUAACAGCAUUGGUGAUAUUCAUAACGACAACAAUAAGUAUUGUAGUGACAAAAAUAUUAAUAAAUAAAACAGUAAUUAAAAUAAGGGGAAAUAAUUAACUCUGAGAGCAGCAACAAGAAUAAGCAGAAAGAGCGGCGUGAAAAGCAGCAACGACAAGAGCAGCAUCAGCCAGAACAUCAUCAACAGAGGUGUAUCUUAUUCACUGAUAUGGCUCUGUCCAGCUACACACGUUUCUGUGUGGAUGGAUACAAAAAAUAAAGGGAGAUAAUUAGACUCAAGAUUUACAGAAGCUGCAACAAUAAAAACAAAAUUCAAAACAGUGGCGACGAUAACGACGGUCAGGUUGCGAAACCUAGCUUCAGUACAAGUCAUAUAUUACCACCAAGAACUACACACGCUUUGAUGUGGCCAUACUUUAUAAAACAAGUGGAAUAGUCAUUUAUAUGAGCCGCAACAACAGCUGAGCAACAUAUCGUAUUUCAAUUCUAACACGGUAUUCCUAACUUGCACCGACUUUACAGAUUUCUGUCUGGAAAUAUAUAAUAAUAAACAUCGCCAUGGAAGCAGACAGCCACAAUCUUACGUACGAUCGACUCUCGGACGAUUUAGACGAGAGCAUUGGCGAUUCGUCGUCACACUCAGCAGACAUGCGCAGCUGGCGCUCAGUCCCACUUCUCGCUUCUUCCGAAAGACACCGCUUUCAAAACAACGAUGAAUUAGCUGACCACCGAUCAAAGUCCAUGUCACAUUUCCCUCUCGGAUUUGAACUUCUCCAGACAAGUGAUGAUAUGGAUGAAAUGAGAUGUGAAUCAUACACCAAUCCAUUGCGCCCGUUUAAAAAUCUAUUGGUCGUCUGUAUCGGUCACAUGUUGUUCAGUAUAGCUUACAUCUCUUUACGGAACCUUCAAAGCAGCAUAAACCACGAAAAAGGUCUCGGCGUCACCUCAUUGGCCUGCAUCUAUGGAGGAUUCGUUUUCGGAUGUGUGUUUACCACGGCAAUUGUGCACCGGUUCGGACCGAAAUUUACUCUGGUCGCUUCCAUUUUGUUUCACGUCGCCUUUUCCUUGGCCAACGCUUUCCCGUCGUUCUAUUCUAUGGUGCCAGCUUCGGCGAUCGCUGGGAUCAGCCAGGCUGCCAUGUGGACAGCCCUGGGGACGUAUCUAACCCACAUCGCUAAAGUGGCAGCGCAGUUACAGAACAAAUCGAGCGAGGCCACAAUCGGUCGCUAUUUUGGAAUGUUUUUUGUGUUCGAUGCCAUUGCUCGUGUUGUUGGUUCGUUGGUGACGUCAGUAGUGAUGGAAUUCGCCCCGAUGAUUGACACCUCCAGUCUCAAAAGCAGCAACGACAGCAGCAAUAGUAGUAAUAGUAGUAGUUUUAAUAGCAGUAACUGGACAAACUACCAAAUAAACAGCGGUUCCUACAGCAUCCCUCAGCAUCGUCCGUCCAGUUUCGCAACCACGCCCAAAACGACGACAACCGCCACACCCACGUAUGAUCCGCUUGCCCCAUCGUUGGACUUUUCUACUGUGACGUCAUCAGUGCCACCACCACCACCACCCUCAUCAUCAUUAUCACCAAAAGCAAUAUUAUCAACUCCACAAUCAUCAUCAUCAUCAUCAUCAUCGUUAUCAUUAUCAACAUCGUAUUUUGUAUCAGCCUCCGCAAAUUCCCCAUCACCAUCUUCAUCAUCAAUAUCAUCAUUAUCUUCAACGGCAGCAGCAUCAGUAACAACAUCAUCAGCAUCAGCAUCAUCAGUACCACCACCACCACUGCCAUUAUCAUCCCCGCCGUCAUCACCGUCAAAUUCGAUAACAAAAUCCUCUUCACCAUUAUCCUCAUCAUCUACAGCAGCAACAACAGCAGCAGCAUUAUCUGCAACAUCAUCAUCAACAGCAUUAACAUCAUCAUCAACACUAACAGCAUCAAUAACCGAGGUAAACGCAACAGUGGACAGUAAAAUGUUCAUUUCCGUCCAAGAGGACAUUUGUGGGCCAAAAUACUGUCAUUACACAUGGCCCAGCCACAACAAUUUCACCAUAAGCCCUAACAUUCGCUUCCUGUUGGUCGCCAUUUUCUGUAUAUGUCUUCUAAUGUCCGUCCUUCUAAUUGCUGUCUACUUAGACUCUGUCUACCUAUCCCGGAAAUUCGACCCUGAUGAAGAUUCUUUCAGCACAGAUCUUGCCUCAACUAUUCGGCUUUGGACCGAACCCAGCUGGUUGCUACUUACUCCGUUGAUCAUUUACUGCGGGAUACUAAUCUCUUUUAUAUCAGCCGACGUUACCAAGGCGUUCAUGUCUUGUUUUCUUGGAGUCGACGCACUUGGAUAUUUAAUGACGUCUUUCGGCCUGUGUGCCGCAGCGGCCUCUUUGAUGUCAACCUAUGUGGUGCCAAUGCGCUAUCGGACAAUGGUAUACACCACAGUUACCGUAUUGAACCUGCUUCUCCUCCUUUGGAUGCGAUUCUGGAAGAUCACAUCUUUCAAUGAUGUUUUAGUAUACGUAUUAAGUGGAUUCCUGGGUGUUACGGAAGGUCUUUGGACAACGUACACCAACAGUCUACCGGGCAUUCUGUUCUCUGAAAAUCUAGAGGCGGCCUAUUCUAACUUCCAGCUCGUCAUCGCAGUGGCCAUGAUGACUGGUUAUUCAUACGCACACCAGCUAUGUAUGGUGGAGAAGAUCUAUUUGAAUGCUGCAGCCUGUAUAACGGCAUACAUUGCAUAUUUGGUUCUUCAGAAAUUCAAAAAGACCUGACACCAUCUACCAUGGCGACUUUCUCUAUUUCACAUUUUAUGUCUGAUUGUGUAACUAUCUGUAUGUGUGUCUAAAUGCCUGCCUAUCCGUGUCUGUCUAUCUAUCUAUCUAUCUAUCUAUCUAUCUAUCUAUCUAUCUAUCUAUCUAUCUAUCUAUCUAUCUAUCUAUCUAUCUAUCUAUCUAUCUAUCUAUCUGUGUGUCUGUCUAUUGUAUCCGGCUAGAUAUUUAUAUAUCAGCUGUUUGUGUCUUUCUUGACGGCCUAUCUUUCCUUCUAUAUGUCACACAAACAUCCAGACAAAGGUAUGUAUGUAUAUGUGCGGGAGAGAGGAUGUAGCGUAUAAGAUAUUGUAUAUAAUACGUUAUUACUAUUGCAUUAAACAUAUAUAUGCAUUGUAUAUGA